AUGUUAUUAGAAAGAAUAAAUUCUCAGAAUAAUAAUGAAGAUGAUACUGAUAAUUAUAAUGAAGAUGAUAUGAACAUCAUGACAUUAAGUAAUGACGUUAAUAAAUAUUAUAAUUACUUAUAUAAGAAGAUGGUACAAAAUGGAGUAAAAACAAGCGAAAAAGAUAAAGAAAUACCUUUACAGGAUCAGUUAAUUGAUAUUCCGGUAAUUGAAAGUAAUAUUGAAGUUCCAGGACCAUUUGAAGCAUUACCUGGAAGAUCAUAUAAAAAUGACUAUGUACCAUUAUUUCCUUUGUCAUCUCAAUAUACAGGUGGUUUUGAUUAUGAUCCAUUAGAGGGUAGGCAUUUUGGAGGUGAUUUUGGUGUUUCAAUUCCUUCAUGGGGAAUAAUGAAUAUACAGGGACAUAUUGCUAAAAGAUGGCAAGAUACAACUGGAACAUUUGGUUAUUUAGCACAUCCAGUAAACAUGUUAGGUUUUGAUAAAAAAGAUUAUCUUAGAUUAAUAAAUAAUCCUUCAAUGCUUCAUAACCGGGAGAUACAACCAACAAUUGGUUUAGGAAAAAUUCCAAGAAAUUAUGUUCCACUAUCUUGCAAAGCACCAUUUUGUAAUCCAUACAAAUCUACAUUUGGUGUUGGGGUAGAUAUUGAUGGUGGUGGUAUAGAUGGUAUCAAUGGAGAUUUUCAAAUUGAUGUACCUGUAAGUAAAAAUGUAGCAUUUCAAUUACCUAUAGGUGGAAAUAUAUAUUAUGAUCUUGAAAAUGUUACUGUUACCUAUGGACAACAUAUCUCUCCAAUUGAUCCACAAAAAUCACUUUUUAUUGAUGAUAAUUUUCAUUCAAGGAUAAAACGUAAUAUAAAUUAUAACAUUUAUCCUGAAAUAUUUAAAAAAUUCUCCGUAAAAUACCUUGUUCCAGAAUUUAUUGAAAUUCCUCUAGUUUAUAAAUUAUAUCCUUAUAUGAAACCAAUUUACAUAUCAUCAAUUAAAAAAAGAAUUUCCUCUAUAUCAUCUCCAAAUUUAGUCAAAUAA